CUAUUUACACGUCUCCGGCUCCCACGACUCCUUAACCCCCACCUGCCACAGAGCCCACCUCCACCGAAGGGGAGGUGGUUCGACCCCCGACAUGGCUUCGGCGAUGACAGACCGCAAUCCUCGGGCGGCCGAGGCCUCGGGCACCUACACCUACACCAGCAGGCCCCGGGCCGUGCCUUGCCAGCGCCGCCGCUACCGGGACAGCCUGUUGCAGCCAGCUGACGAACCUUUGAAUUAUGGAAACAUAAUGUAUGACAGAAGGGUGAUCCGAGGCAACACCUAUGCACUCCCCACGGGACAGGUGCCCGGACAGCCUGAUCCUCUAGAGCUUCAACGACAACAGCAGGCCAGGAGGAGGGCUCUUGCCAGAAAGCGAGCCCAAGAGCAGCUCAGACCUCGAACACCUGAGCCCGUGGAGGGCAGAAAGCACGUGGAUGUGCAGACAGAAUUAUACCUUGAAGAGAUUGCUGACCGCAUAGUUGAAGUCGACAUGGAAUGCCAGACGGAUGCGUUUCUGGACAGACCACCAACACCGCUCUUCAUUCCUGCCAAAACUGGCAAAGAUGUGGCCACCCAGAUACUAGAAGGAGAGCUCUUUGACUUUGACCUUGAAGUCAAACCAAUGUUACAAGUUCUGGUGGGGAAGACGAUUGAACAGGCCCUCCUGGAAGUCAUGGAAGAGGAGGAGCUGGCCAAUCUGCGAGCCAAUCAGUAUGCAUACGAAGAAAUACGCAAUGUGGAGCUGGCUGAAGUUCAGCGAUUGGAAGAGCAAGAGAGACGGCACCGAGAAGAGAAGGAACGCCGUAAGAGACAGCAGUGGGAAAUCAUACAUAAGCACAACGAGACGUCACAGAAGAUCUCAGCUCGUGCGUUUGCACAGCGGUACCUGGCUGACCUCCUCCCAUCUGUCUUUGACAGUCUCAGGAACAGUGGCUACUUUUAUGAUCCAAUUGAAAGAGACAUUGAAAUAGGAUUCCUUCCAUGGCUAAUGAAUCAAGUUGAAAAAACCAUGGAGCACAGCGUGGUGGGAAGAACCGUGCUUGACAUGUUGAUCCGUGAAGUGGUUGAAAGAAGGCUAAAUAAUUACGAGAAAAAGGAAGACACACAGCCCUCUAUGAGGUCGGAUGAUGUGUAUAGUGGUCCUGACACAAUGACAGAUCCCUCGGGGUACAAAUUUUUCCAAGGACAACCUUCACCCUGAAUAUCAAGAUAACUUUCACAGCAGCCUUAGGAACCAUUGGCUCAUUUUUGAUGGCAGGGCGAGGGAAAAAUGAAAAUGUGAAGGGUUUGUUUUUUCUUUUUUGGUUAAUUUAUUUACCUAUUGUGGAUUAUUCAUUAAAAAUUUUAAGACAU